AGCAGAAUUUUUCCAUCUAGGACUGGAAACACUCAAACAGAAGGUGAGCACCUUCAGGCUGCAGCAGUGGAUACUCUAGGGAGUCGACUCAAGGAGAUGUCUGUGAUUUCUGCUCAACCACCACCCUAUGGGCUUCUGCAGCGGGAAAAGCACAUAGAAUCACUUUGUCACAUAAUCCGCCGACCGCCCGAGGGGACACAGGGUCACAAGGCAUGCUCAGAGGAGAAAAAGCAAGAUGAUCAGGGGCAGGCAGAGGAUGAUGGCUUGCAGGGGUGUUGUGCCAACACAGAGAAUGAUGCUCAAAGCUUUAUGCUGCUUGAAAAUGUUGAACAGCUAUGCAUUACAGCCAGACCUCAUCUCCAAGGUCCAAACUGUGAACCAGGCCGUCUGUACAGCAUCAACACAGGAGCAGGGGUGCAACUCUAUACAGCAGCUGAAGACACAUCCUGCCUAUGCCUUGCCGCCUGUGGGCCUGCUCGUUCCUGCACCAUCAGAGGCUACAACCUUCAGGCAGAGCCAGCCUUUGUGUUUGAAAGACCCUUGAGAGCAGACGCGUGCUGCUUUGGAUGCUGUCUGAUGGAGAUGAAAGUGUUUAAUUCAAAUCACAGCCCUCUGGGAAGUGUUCAGCAAAGGUGGAGCAUGUUCACACCUUUACUGGAGAUAAAAGACCCUGAUGGGACUCUGCCUCUGCACAUCCAAGGGCCAUGCUGUCCAGCCCGCUGCUUUGCUAGCCAGGAGUUUGAGGUGGUGUCUAAAAUUGGUGAAAAGGUUGGAAAAAUCUGGAAAAAAUGGCCUGGCUUCAAUGAAGAUUACAAUAUGGACCAUGAAUACUUUGGAAUGGAUGUUCCAGCGCAAAUGAGUCCCAAGAUGAAGAUUAAAUUACUAGCUGCCACUUUCCUCCUGAACCAGAUGUUCUUUGAGAUGAGCUAGGAAAGCUAAAGGACAAAGGACUCUUGUGUACACCUGUUGGACUUGCAAACACCCCAAUUCAAAGAUGCAGUGCGUCUGCAAGCCAGACUGUUUGGAAGCAAAAUUAACUAUUCCAUAUGGCGGGCGUUACUAGUGACAAAUUCUCACAGUGCAGACUAAGACCAAAACUGUCUCCUUAGUGGAACACGGGAACAAAUGAAGAACUGGGCUUGCCUGAAAUAAAUGGCACUCUGUACAGAAACACUAAAAUAAAAAAUGUGCAUAAAUCCUACCAAUUCAGGUAGGAAGGUGGAGAUGGGUUACAUUCAAAAACUCAUUAGUUUUAAUUUACCAAGUACUUUCAGACAAGGAAGGCAAUAAGUAACUUGUUAAGUAAGCUAGAAGUAGUAAAAGAAUCGGUGGACAAACAUCCAUAGCAAGAGAUGAACCAGUCAGGAUUAAGACAAAUAAACAUUAUAUUUUUGUGUUAAACAGUCAGUAAUCCACUUGUUAAUUAAAAUUUGACCUUCAAGUUUAUUUCAACACAUCUUGUAAAAUUCAGAAAUUUAAAAUAGUGACAGAGCACUCUUAAGUUUUUGUUAUAGUUAAGUUUUAAAAGAAUGAUGGGUGAUAUAUUCUGCCAUGAAUUAUUGGAAUUUACUGAAUUCUUUCAUUGAAAUAGACUAAAGUCAGAGUCAGGGUCCAAUGUUCAUAUGACAGCAUGUAAAUGUUACCACAAUGCUGGCUAAAAACAAGAAUUUUAUAGCAGUAACAUACAGCAGCAACGUCACAUAAAGUAUCAUCAGUGUCCCAUCUGAUGACAGAUGUUCACUUGUAAUAAACUUGUUUACUAGACACUGAAUCAGCCCCAGAAGGACCUAAUGCACAUCCACAGAGGAGCUAGGCACUGAAGAAAAAAACUCAAUCAGCUUUUGUGCAAGGCCAGUGCAACCUUACUCUGUGGCCUUAGAGAUAACCUUUACCCCGUAAAGUAGUAUUUCUGACCUGACUUACCUUAUCAAUAUUCUACAAACCUCAUGGAGACGAUUCAAUUUAAAAACAUGAAAUGGAAGUGGCUACCACAUGCAUGCAUUAUGGUUGACUGCAAGUUAAACAUUUAAAGGUAUGGUCCACAAUACUGCCAUAUACUAAUUGAUUCCUAAUUUAACACAUUCCCACCGUGUCAAUCUAGCACUGACUUUGAUGUAUUUCAUUAUAUAUGUCGGUAGCCACUUGAUGUGAACAGAUGGAAAAGAUAAUGCCUUUCAUUCUUUUUAGUAUUCUUUGUAUUAUACAGGGUGUGAAUCCUUCUGAACAGAGUCUUAACACAACUCUGUUUAAUAUGUACAAUGAGGAGUGAUUGCUACAAAAUUAUAAUAUUUUGUCUGCAUAACAUUCCUUGCAAUAAACUGUCAUAAUUAAGGUGGUGUCAUUAACCUCUUUCAAUGGAGAUGUCCAGAAAAUGUAUGCGUCGAUUUCUUUUUCCAUGGUGAACCAAGUGGAUGUGGCUAUGGAAUUCACUCAGCUGGUUGCUUUUUAAUAUGACAAAAGUGCCGUCGACGUAGCGAAUUCAAAAUUUGGGUGUGAACUGAGUUAGAGCCAUCCUUUGAA